UCAUCUUGUCAUUUUCUCUUGCAUCCAAAGCCACAACAAUAGUUUUUUUCUGCUGAGACCCACAAGCAACUACUAUCAAGUAUCACGGACAGAAUGAAAACGAGAGUGCCCAUUACCAAGUUAACACAAAUUAAUUGACCUAACAAUCUAAGCAAUGGCAAGUACAGUUUGUACACAUUCUGUCCAUCGUGUUGCAAUCAUGCCAGAGAAAGGGAGCAAGAUCGAAUCAAGAUAAGAGUAGAAGAGAAGAACAGCAAGAUUCAGCAACUAAAAAUUAGCUAUAGAGCUAAGCUAGCUAGGUAGAGGUUAAUUGAUAUAUAGGUUGAGAAAUUGAGAGACAGAAAUUGAGGUAGUCAGUUCAUGAUGCUUGUUGACAAGAGCUCCAUGGAUUUGGUGCUCGUCCCAUGCGGGCUGGCGAUCAUGGUCGGCUACCACCUCAUGCUCCUCCACCGGAUUCUCCGCCACCCGCACACCACCGUGAUCGGCUACGAGAAUCACAACAAGCUCGCCUGGGUGGAGCGCAUGCUGCAGGCGGCGGCGCCGGAGGAGUCGGCGCUGGCGCUGGGCGUGAUCUCGGACAACAUCUCGGCGGCGACGACGCUGGCGUCGCUGUGCAUCGCGCUGGGCUCGCUGAUCGGCGCGUGGGUGAGCAGCUCGCCGGCGCCGGGCGCCGCGGGCGUCGUCGUCCUCGGCUACGGCGACGGCAGCCACGCGACGGCGACGGUGAAGUGCGUCGCGCUCCUCGCCUGCUUCCUCGCCUCCUUCACCUGCUUCAUCCAGUCGGCGCGGUACUUCGUGCACGCGAGCUUCCUCAUGAGCGCGCUCGCCGGCGACGCGGCGCCGCCGGUGGGCGACGCGCAGCGCGCCGUGGUCCGCGGCGGCAACUUCUGGGCGGCGGGGCUCCGCGCGCUCUACCUCGCCACGGCGCUGCUCAUGUGGGUGUUCGGCCCCGUCCCGAUGCUCGCCUGCUCCGUGCUCACCGUCGCCGCGCUCCACCGCCUCGACGCCAACUCCAUGCCGCUGCACCACCACCGGUUCACGGCGAGGAGCACGGACGCGUCGCCGGCGACGGCGCCGGUGGCCGCCGCGAGAUCAGCCGUGGCAAGGGGAGGCAGAGCAGGCAAUGGCAACACGGUGGCGUUCUCCACGGCUACAUUUCUUUGCUGAUAGUGAGAAAUAGUUUCCAUGACUCAUCUUACAAUUUUUUUUUUGUGAUUUUCGUUUUAGCUGAAAAUCGUGUGGAGAUUUUUCUUUUUUGUUUGGUGAUUUUCGUUGUAGCUGAGAAUUGCGUGGAGCUGAAUGACCAUGGAAGAAUUAAAUUGCAUUUUCUUCGGAAGCACCGAAUUCUCACUGGCUUUGCUUAAAAUUUGGUAGCACAUUUUGGCAUUACUGCUACCAAAUUUUGGUAUCGUUGAUUGUGUUUAGUUUGAAUGCUUAUCAAAAUUUGAUAGAAUUUUUAA